AUGGGCCCUCCAAGACCGUACUCUGGCUUUUCUGCCAAGAGUAUCCUCGACGUGGACUUGUGGAAGCGUUUCUACGUGGACGAGGACAUCACAGCUGACGCACCACCUCCAGAACGAAAUCCGCCGACAAUGGCGACAACAGAGACUAUGACUUUGUCUCCCUCUGAAACAGAGCAAGCGAUUUCUUACCUCUUGGAGCAAUCCAUAGAGACCAUCUUGCAUGAUAUUCUCCUGGAUAUCCACCAAGAAGAAAAGAUUGCUCGUAUGCAGACCGCUGUUGUCGAAAUUGAGCAAAGCGCCGAAAAGAUGGGAAGGAAACCUUUUGAGGACGAACAAAAUGGAGAGACCGAUGAAUCCAGCGAUCCCGUCGAAACUGAUGCCGCAGUGCUCCAAGGUCAACAGGUCCAAUUCAAAGGCAAUGUAAUGAAGACAGUCAAACACAUCAGAUGUCCGAACUGUCGUUUACGGAGACUGCUUUAUCCGCGGGUGGGUUUCAAUGCUCGGCCCGUCCCUGAUCCGAAUGAACAAUAUUGCAAGACUGAACCCAUGAUCAUCAUCGACAAGCACGAUGUUCAUGGACAACGUAAGAAAGGAGUCAAAAUGAAAGGACAAGCCAAGGGCAAAGGCAAAGGCAAGAAGAAUGAUCCGGCGUCACCAGCAUCCGAGAACUCGGAUCCUCUUACGCCUUCUUCAGGCCAUCCAAAUGACUCUUUCGAAUUCAAAGAAAUCGACUAUCCCGCGGCCAAGUGUCCCAAUAGGGAAUCCCACUUAGGCGACCACUGGAAGUCAGUCAAUGUCUUCGCGACACAUCUGAACGGCAGCUGCUACCUGAAGAAAGACCGUGCUGCUGGGCGAGAAGCAAAUGCCAAAAUCGGUGGUGGCACUCCACGAGACAGCCGUGCUAACUCUCCUAAGCCAACAGCCAACGGCACCAAACGCAAAGCAGACGAAGACAGCAACACAGGGGGUACGAAGAAGAAGCAGAAGACCGCAGCUGAGAUCAAGAGAGACAAGAAAGCCGCCACAGGACCUAGUAAGUUGCGCGAAACAAACAAUGUGGAUGACCAGGGUGACGAGAGUCCGAUGAAAGAUACAAAUGGAGACACGAUCCAAGUUACGCCAACGAAGAACGCAAGAGAUGCCAGUAACGAACCUACGCUGAAGCUCAAGAUAAAGACUGGGGCCGGUGGUGGCGAUGGGCCGGCGAAAAAGAAGCUGGGCAAACAGGCGAACUCCGGAAAGAAAGGAGCGAACUCCUAG